GAGCCCCGCAAGGUUGAGGCAGCUGCCUGCGUGUUCCGAUGCGGUUGCGAGUCCAUAGCAGAAAUCCCGCCCCCCUGCCUUGUCAUCCGUAAAGUCUGAUUGUCCAGGAGAGACAUCGACAGGCGUGAAAACUCCGUUCGCACGACGGGGCGGCUUACUUUGGCCUCAAGCUCAAAAACGCCUGCGGACUGUUGUUUGUCCAAAACGGUUGAACAAUAUGCGUUCACCCGUUUAGACAUCGGGUGUCUACUGGAACUUUCCAGCAGAGUGCACGCGGUUCGUGACGACGCAGCUUGUCUGGGUGCUACCGUGUCCCCCGUCUUGUAUCUCAUGGGAGGAGAAAUCUUUUUUUUGUUGAGUUACCGAAGUGUGCAAACGCGAAGACGAAGAUGAUCCACAAAAAAAGUUUUUCCGUCUUGGAGACGUCUUUCUGAGGUUUUCCGCUGCGGCUUAGGAUUUUUUUCUGGCCGACCUUCAGCCUAAAUGUUUUCAAGCAUCCGGGGUCUCUGUCUCAAAAAGGUCUAGGAAUUCUAGAACGCGGGGUAGAAGAUUUCACUUCAUUGAGUGCGCCUUCCCCAGAACGCGGGGAGGGCCAGACAACAGGGCUGUCGGCUAUGUCUCGCGUUGGCGCGGUUCUUUGGGUGGACGAUUCGAUAAAGCCUCGGCGCGAGGGUACUUUAGGCUGUUUGCUUUGCCGACAAUUAUAUAUGGUGUGAUGGCAAAAAUACAAUUUGGUUGAUUUUUUAGGAGAGUCAUUAGUGUAGCUAGUGCCUUCGCUGAUAGAAUAUAGAUAAACUUUUCGUGCCGUCCUCUUCAGAUAUUCCGCGCAGGGCUCGUGCGCUUCCAUUGAGCCGGCCAGGCACCGGCCCCCGGCACUUGCAACUGGGCACUGCGAAGAUACGUCCUCCACGAACAAGAUGGUUUGUAGAAGACGAUCCCUACCGCGGUGCGCGGUUUCCACUUUCCGGUUUUGCAGCGAAAUUAGUUCGUCACGGAUCCGCCAAAGCAACAGGCUUGAAAACCGGAGAAUUGGCGGCAACGCAACACAAGAUUGCGACGCGUACUGCUGACCACCUCCUGACGCUCUCAAAUCCCGUAAGUGAAUCAGAUGAAGAAGUGGCACAUUAAGGGUCUUGUCCCUAAUUCAUUUUCAUGUGGAGUUAGUUGUCGAUAAUUCAUUUCCAUGCGGAGUUUGGUGCCGCAUUGAGGAAGCCUUGUCUAGCUUUACGGUUCCCAGACAAUGACGGGCUAAGGGCUCUGUCUUAGAAAAUGAAAGUGGCCUGUCGAGAUUCUUCUAAAGAGACCACCAAAGAACAAGGAAGCCUCGGAGUGCAGCACAACAAAUUGUGCGUCCCGCGGAAAGUGUAGUAGCAGGACAAGUCGCGACAUUCCGCAGGGAUGAGUUUGGGAACGUUAUCUUUGAUUUUGAAGAAAAGCAGGCGGGGGAAGUAGGUGAAAAUAGAUGUCCACUAGAUGAGAAAAAUACCCACUCGAGAACCAUCGUCGCUGGCAACGUAGUUCUAAACUUCGAACAGAAAGAAGCGGGGGACAAAGAUAUUAAGACUUCUCCAAAUACUAGUACUUUUCAAACUCGUAGUACUAGAGUGGCCUGCUCCCCUCGUCGCGAAAUACGUCCUGCUCUGGAAGCCGUAGUAGUGGACGAGCGAGCGUCUCCGAAAAAAUUCAGUAGCAGUGGCGAGGACGGUCCGUUCACAAAGAGUGCUCUAGCAAGUUUACAUUUCCCGCAGGAUGAAGAGGAACGCAACACGUCAUCGCUGCUGGCACCGUCGCCACCUGCGCCGCGCAAAUCGUUACCCAAUACUCAGUUGGCACAGCUGUACGACCGAAGGCGCGUCGUAGCGGCGGCAGCCCGCGAACGGUCAACCACAACUUCACCGAUAACAUCCUCACACACAGCCACGACGAUACACGACACUGGCUUUGUGAACCCGUCACCUGCGUCCCACCACAUGCCUCCAACGUUGCUCACUGCGCCUUUCUCGUCUUUUACAACCGGCGCGCCGCCAGGCGACCUAUUCCGAGGACAUGCGGCGGAUUGCAAUUUCUCUUCUUCGGCUACUUCUAAGAGGAAAAAUGAUAAUGCAAAUGACAACAAGAAUCUUGUUGCGGCCAAUAGCGGUGCUCGUACAGCAGGAACAGGCGGUCUCCUCACGACUACAUCUUUUAAGACUUCUGGGAAUCCAUCAGCCGAAGCAUCUUGAGCCUCAGUCUGGUAAAAGACGGGACAGCCUUAAUUGGUGAUUACGUUCAUUUUCAUAAAGAACUCUGUCUGGGGGAACAGGUCCAGGAUGACUUUCAAGAUGGACUUCCCGGGAAGUAGUUCUAAGCUUUGCUAUUCUUCAAGAGUCAACAUUGGUGGUGAGUUUUGUGAAGACUUUGCCGUGAACACGGAGGGAUCUUCCUCAUGGACGACCAGAGGAUCAGUUCCGCCUAGCAUGUCCGUAAGCAGCAGUGGCGCGACGCUUCUCUCGGCUCCUGAGAAUGCGUCGAUGAACCACGGAGUUGAACACGAUCAACUACACCACAGUGCCUUUGCAAGUAAAAAUGUUCUUGAUCAUCCUGGAGCUUUAUCUGGCACAAACUUUCAAGGUCAAUAUGGCACUGUCAGGACCAUGUCUCAGGUGAAAAGUACUGAUGGUCCCUUUGCGAAAACUGCGUCAUUACCGGCGGACAAAUUCUUGCACAGGGAUUUGUCGAAGGAAAUUGUAAAGCGUGUCGGACUAAGUAGUGCUGCGGGCUCACGUCUAUUCGGAAGUCAUGGGCGCAUCAAGCCGACCUGGCGCGAAGAACAAGCUGGCGGAGGAUAUGCGCGAGCCUCUACUGUGAAGAAGAUAGGAGGCACAGCAACAUCAAGUAGUUCUCGCUUGUCGAAUAAGAAAAGUUCUGCUUGUUCCCCGCGAAGCCAUAACGCAGCGGGUGCUGCUGGAGCUUCUUCUAGCACAUUAAGUCGUACUGAAAACAACAAACAGGAGCAGCAUGACGAAAAUUGUCCUCGCCCCUCCACUUCGUAUUAUGAACGCGAGAAUGCCAAGCCAGCCUUUCACUAUUGGACGCCGCUAGUCGAACCAAGUGCUGAGCUUCGAUGGAAACUCGAGCUAGACGAAUGCCUAAAAAUUCUUCGGGAGAAAACUUGAAAAUCUUAGUGGUGCCCCAUGCAUUAUUGUUGUUCCGAAAGUCAAUAGUAAGCUGAUUUGCUUAGUAGAAAAAAUUCCAGUCGUUGAUGAAAAAAUCAGAGGCCCUAGUACCGAAGACGAAAAAAGUCCUAGUACUGAAUAGGACAAAACGCUGUUGCCUAAUAAAAGAGGCAAUGAUUUCCGUGCAUGAUGAACAAAAUUGUAAAGAAAACUCGUGUAACAGUUUUCUUGUGUUCUUAUCAAGCGUGAACAGACCUUAUUCGUAUGGCGCAAGUUGUUUACUUAGACGACCCUAGCAGUGUGAAAAUUCUUGCUGUGACAUUGCCGCCGCUGUCUUGCGUAGUAUCCCGUAGGUCUUACAGAAAAUUUUUUUUCAACAGCAUCGUUGGCAUAAUGCAACUUUUCCUAGCAGGAAGGAAGUGUCAUUGGUAAACUUGCUUUUUUCAGAAAUCCGAAUAAUCGAUCAACGAAACUAUUUGAUCAUGGAUCUGCGAACGAUUUCGUGUUCGCGAAAAUUGCAUUCGGAGUGUCGAGAUUUUGCGUCUGUCUUAAAUGUAUCUGUGAAAAGAAGAGAAAUGAAAAUGUUCCUAUGAUGUUCUCGGGAGACGAAUUUAUACCAGAACCUCAAUACGUAUACGAGUAAAAAUGUCUGUUCGAAGGAGAAAGGAACGCGAGAAGAGAGUCGGUUACCAUGAGCAAGAGAGAGGA